UGGUUAUUUGCGAAAACUCGAAAAGCCGAAAACUGGAACAUCAACAUCACCAUCAGCAUUUUCAUUGUGUUUUAAGGGUAGCUGGAGUUACCUUUUGUGUUACGGAUUAAUAUGACUGAAAAAAGCUAUAUCUUAUGAAAGUUACAAUAUGGACGACAAAAUUAUAAACUCGUGCCCUAACUGUUGUCAAACAUACAGCUUAAAAAGCUUGGCACCGGAACCGAAAUCGAAUAUUCCUCUUUUCAUAAAAUGUGGGCACUCCUUAUGCGAAGGUUGUGUUCGCAACAUUGUGAUGUCUGGCGAGCCGAUAGAGUGCAAAAUAUGUUUGCGGACGAUGGACAUCAAGACUACGGAUAUCGCGAAACUUCUGCAGAACAAGAUAAAAUUGUACAGUCUGUUCCCUGUGAAUGUGAAUGUGCUGGGGCAACUGGCACUCUCGAUGAUUGUGGAAACACCUGAAGUUGAGGAGAAGAAAGCAGAAGAUUAUUUUAUAGAUUUGCAAGCCAUCCUUGACAGCACUGACCAGACUCAAGGUCAAUGCUUAGAGUGUCACAGUGCAACAACAAAAAUGUGCCAACAAUGUGCCACUGUCAUGUGUGCCUCCUGCUUCGAAAAGUCACACAAAAACUUUGUGGUGUUCAAGAAUCACAUUCUGCAGAAUAUUGAACCACAAAUAUCGACUAUUAUCUGCAAAAUCCAUCCCCAGAAAUCACUGGAGUAUUACUGCAAAGAUUGUGCUAAGUCAAUUUGUAUGGAUUGCUUCAUGAUUGGUUCUGAAAAGUCUUGUAAGAACCAUGAUGUGGUGCCUAUUCUUGAAAUUAAUGAGAAGUUUUUAUCAGAUUUACGUGAAAUACUUCCCCAAGUUGAUACUACAUUCCGGAGGCUAACCAAAACUGCAGUUGACAUUGGUCACCAACUCAUCAAGAUGGAUAAGGAGAAUGGGUCGCCCGAGCUACUUCAGACGAUGGCCAGCAUUGAACAGCAUUUCUCGAAAUUGCAGGCCGUAGUACAGAACCACAAACAGGAGGUGAUGGAGAACAUCGCCCGUCUGCGGCGCAUCGAACGUGAUUCGUUACUACGCAUCAGAGAAGACGUGGCUGCCGCUCUCAAGCAAUCCAAGCAAGUGAUGAAUGCACUUAACUCAGCCCUGGAGUGCGACAAAAACCAAACGGCGAAUCUAUCUGCGCUCCUAGAAGAAGCUAAAAGUAUAGUCGACAAACCCUGGUUUUUGACCAAAGAAGAAUCUGGCAAGGACAAACUGCAGGUGUACGUGAGCGAGGAGCUCUGCCUGCUGGUGAGCGACUACGUGCAGCUGGCGGGCAACGCGCAGGCGCGCUACGGGCUGCGCGGCUCGCGCCAGCUGUCCGCCGCGCCGCCGCCGCCGCCGCCCCAGCCAGUCUUCCCUCCUAGAGAUGUGGGCAGUAAGCCUGAGGCGCGUCAAACCAGGCUCGCGACUGCAGAAACUAGCCAUCGUGACCUGAGUGAGUCCAGCGCACAUGCUGCAAGAAGAGCAAGUCCAGAAUUAAAGAAAGCUGCCGUUCAAACAGUUACACCAUUUGCUGAAAAUAAAUCUUUCAUAGAAUUAAAAGCAGGGAUGCAAGAGCAAGCCCGCAUCACCUAUAUGCAGGACCCCCACAAUUUCUACGUGCGACGCGUGCGCGACGACGCUCUUCUCGCCGAAAUAGAGGAACAACUGCACGGAAAUCUUGCUAAUCACGAAAUUACUAUACAUAACGGAAAAAUAUAUGCUAUCACACACGAGUACCCAUGGAAACGAGGGCGCGUUGACAGAAUAGACAUAGAUGAAGCAACGAGCCAGCCCAAGUACUGGGUCACCUUCAUCGACUUCGGGAACACGGCCAGCGUCAACAGUGACCGGCUGCGUGAAAUACCGGCGACGUUGUCAGACCGCCCUGCGUUGGCGCUGCGUUGCCGGCUCGCCAACUGCGAGCCCGACGGCGCCUGGCACCCCGACGACAUCGCCCUGAUGCUACGGAUUGUGGACAAGUCGCCGGUGACGCUCCACGUGCGGCGCGCGGGCGCGUGCAGCGAGUGCGACGUGACGACGCGCGCGGGGCUCAGCGUCGCGCACGUGCUGCGCUUCCACGCGCGCGCCGCGCUCGCCGACCCCUCGCUGCCGUACCCGGAAGUGGCUAGCCCGGCGCCGCCGCGGCUGCAGCCAGCGGACACCUCGCUACGGAAAUAUGGCGGCGCUGACGUGGUCAUCACACACGUCGUGUCGCCGGACAAGUUCUACGUCAGAGAGAGUCGCUUGCAAACGGACUACGUGAAGCUUUGCGAAGAAUUGAACAACUCAUACGACGUUCGGGACGAGAGCGAUCUCAUUUUCUUACCAAAAGAGGGUUCGGUGUGCGCGGCGCUAGUGGGCGAGGAAGCAGGAACGCUGUGGGCGCGCGCGCAAGUGCUGUCUGCUAGUAUAGCGUCCGCGGUGCGCGUGCUGCUGCCCGACACGGGCCGCCAGCUCAGCGUGCCGUGGCACCGCCUGCGCGCCCUGCGCCCGCGCUUCUCCGCGCUGCGAGCGCUGGCCAUUGAAUGCCACCUAGCGGGGAUUAGUCCAGUCGGGGCUCGCUGGCACUCGUCCGCCGGCGAGUUGUUAGCGCAGCACGCCGGGCGCGAGCUGCGGCUGGUGGCGCAGGACUCGCGCCGCCGCAGCCUCGGCGCCGUGCUGCUCGACCCCGCCGGCCCCGUGUGUCUCAACCGCGAGCUGCGAGCUAAACAGCUGGCUACCACUGACGGGUCUAUUGACUUUGAAGCCCUCACUGCGGAAUUCGAUUCUGUUGAAAAAGAACCACCCCCGCAAUCACCUGUAAACAGUGAAAACGCCACAUGCAAAGAUUAUGAAACCGUGGCAAGAAGUUAUCAGAACGAUUUCCAACCCGGCUCAGAAGAAACGAUUCGAUUGGAAGCCAAGAUCCUUCUCUGCGAGUCCCCAUCAUUGAUGUACAUUUCAUUGCUCCACCAACAAAAAACAUUCAGUGAGCUCUUUGAAGAUAUCCAGAAAUUCUACGCGAAGCGCAAAACUCCGCGCCGCGAAAGAUGGAAAGUGAACGAUAGAUGCUGUGCAUUUUGUACGCAGUCACAGACCUGGCGUCGAGCGACUAUCAUCAAAACAGAAAGGGACCAAGUCACCGUAUUCUAUACAGAUUUCGCUCAGACAGAGACUGUCUCGAUUGCGAACUUGAAAAAAUUGCAUUCCGAUUUCGAAUUGAUAGGAGAUGCGGCUAUAAAGUGUCAUCUAGCGGGGUUGAAACCUGCGGAAGGAGAGUGGCCCUCGCUCACUAAGGAGUUCCUGAAAGACAAACUGGGCGAGUACAAGCGCGUGUUCGUGACGAAAGUGGGCGAGUUCUCGGACAAGAGCAUGCCGGUGCAGCUGUGGGUGUACCACACGGAGCUGGGCAGCGCGCUCGAGCCCAACGAGUCCGAGUGGCGCUGUCUCAACGCCGAGCUGGCCAGCCGCGGCCUCGCCGUCGACACGAGGAAGGUGGAAGGUGCUACUCCCGAGCGAGACGACGAGCUGCGGUUCCUGAACGUGCGCGGCUCGGUGCAGGAGUGGCUGCUGCCGGCGCGGCGCGGCUCCACGUCCUCCGAGGACGCGGCCGAGUGGCUGCCCGCCGAGCCGCUGCAGGCCGACCACUUCACCGCCGUGCCCACGUACAUAGACAACGACGGUAUCAUCUAUUUGCACGACGUAUCGCAGGAAGACGACUUGGAGUUCAUUCGCGACACGCUCGAAAUGGCGUUCAAAGCGGCGGACCCCAAGGCGCCGUACUGCUCGUGGCGCGUCGGCGAGCUCUGCGUGGCGCGAUACUACCUCGACUCCAAGUUCUACCGCGGUGUCGUGCUCGAGGUCGACCCCGGCCAAGCCACCUGCCUGGUCCAAUACGUCGACUACGGCAAUUCCGAAACCUGCGCCUUUACUGACCUCAGGAAACGCGUUGCUCUACACCAGAUCCCCAUCCAGUCCCACAAGGUGUCGCUCGCGCGCAUCAAGCCUGUCGGCGAGCAGUGGGACCAAACCGUCCUCGACUACAUCCACAAGGCCAUCGUCGAGAAGAAGUGCUUCGUCAAGGUCGCGGCCCCACCCGUCGACCACGUCACGCCCGUCGACCUCAAGUAUGACAAACUCUGGAUCAAUGACCAUCUGGUCGAGUUCGACUUGGCUGAAUAUAUUGAUGGCUCCAAGCCGAUAGAACGCAAGUUCAAAAAGAAAUCUAAACAGGCUUCUAGUACGCCAGAUAAAAAUAGGACUGUUGAAACUGAGACCAAAGUUAUUGAAAUAAACAGCGGUUCCGAGCCCGAUUAUAUUGUUGAAGAAGAUAUAGCCUCCUCGCAAGCGUCGGGCUCGCCGGACUCCUUCAAAAUGAGCACGCUAGUGGAUCACAGCGGCAGUGCGAGCGAGAAAGAUAGCUCUAAUUUACUUUCGUAUUUGCGACACGAAGAUCGAGAAUUUAGCUGUAACAUACCUGUCAUAAAUGACACAAACUCUUUAGAAUUAAUGGUCGUUCAAGAUCCGGAAAGCCAUGCGAUAUAUGAGGCACUUUUAGAUAUUGUGAAGGAUGUGGGAAAGAAUAUGCCACCGUUAGAUGGCAUAUACGAGUAUAAACCGUGCAUCGCGCUCUUCGAAGACCACUGGUACAGGGCAUCCAUACUAAAGUACAGCGAAGCGAAAAAUCUGGUUAAAGUUCACUACGUGGACUACGGGAACAUAGGAAUAGUUCCCCUCUCUGACGUCAGAGAGAUAAGCAAAGAUUGGGUGUGUCUGCCGCCGGCCUGUGUCACGGCGCGCCUGCACGGCGUCCGCGUCAACCCGGACUUCGACCCGAAUGACGUCACCAAGGCCUACAUCGAAACGUUUCUCGACAAAGGCCCGUUCCUCGCUACUAUUGUGGAUUACGUGGAUUACGACAACUCGGUGCCUCUCGUAGAAUUAAGGAAUAGCGACGGAGAAUUAGUGUAUAAGAAAUUGAUUGAGGAUAAAGUGUUAUUACAUGAUACACGCGAUUGUGUUGCUACUGAAGAAAAUUAACUUAAAGUAUCGAUGGUAAGACUGAUUUGAAAUAUGAUCUGAUUAAAAUUCAAAACAAUCAUAGUUUUGAGGCAAAAUAUUAUAAAUCAACACUAGUCCCGUUAUAGAAAUACUGACAGGCAAUGCAAGGCCAGUGUUGUAUAGCUUUACUAAUUAAGAAAUUAAAUUCUGAAAAAUGGAUAACUAAGAAGAUGAAAAUGAAUUUGUAAUAGUCUAAGAUCUGUACUAAGCUCGAUCUUCACCAACGUGUUAACCAGGUGAAAAUAAUAUUUUAUUAAAUAAAAUAAGUUUCUGAACAUAUCUUACUAUGGCAACCUCAGUAAAAAAGGUCAAGAUUUUUUUUUUUAAAUCUUUGAAAAAUAAAUAUUUUUUUACUAAUUUCACCGACGUGUUUACCAAAUGCAACAAACUCCAGUAGAAAGUGUGCUCUAUACACAACAUACAGCACCUCAGAUGCUUACCUUUUUUUGGUACCUAAUACCUGGCAGCCGCUGUCAAACAGGUAAGUUGAUGGUAGUAGUUGCACCCUUUUGUUAACUAAUCCGGGCUAGUCUUAAAAUUAGACUUACUUAAUAAUUAUGAUAUUGUCUAUAAAGUACACUUUCUACAGGAGUUUGUUUCAUUUGGUAAACACGUCGGUGAAAUUAGUAAAAUAUAUUUAUUUUGCAAAGAUUUAAAAAAAAUAAUCUUGACCAUUUUUAUUGAGGUUGCCAUAGUAAGAAGAAACUUAUUUAAUAAAAUAUGAUUUUCAUCUGCUCUUAGUACGGAUCCUCUACUAUAAGUUAAAUAGUUUUAGGCUGACGAAACUAGGAGCUGAUUCAACAGCAUCAAAUAAUCCAUUGUCCAUUAUUUUUGAUGUGUUAAAUUAAAACAUUCACUACCAAGCAAUGCAUAAAUGCGUUCACCGUCAUAAAUUUGUUCCGGGGACCAAUCCACAACGUUUUAAUAUGCAAUGACUUCGGUAAACAAAGGGGAAGGGAUAAUGGGCUGACCCUGAUUUGUUCUAAGGCAAUGCAUGUGUUAAAGUUUAUUAUUUUGUUUAUGUUUUCUGUGAAAUUUGAUUAUGUUAUGGUUUAUAAUUAUAAAAUAGUAAAAAUUAAAGAGUGACUGUCAAAUCAAUGAAUGUGAGAAAACGAGACACGAAAACGAAACGAGAGACUUUUUAAUUUCUGCUUCUUUUUGCCAAGUUUAAAUAUGUUAUGAUGUACCAAAAUCAUAAGCAUACUAGCAGUAGUAGGAGUAUUCUUACAUAGCAGUGACUAUGACUAAGUUUAGUUUUGUUUAGAUUUUGUCCAUGUCCAUGAAUCUUGAAGUAUUGACUACAUGCAUUAAAUGCGUGUUUUGGUGCUCAAAUUGUACUAUCGUACUUAUAAGGUUUUUAUCCUAAUAUUAUCAUGUUAAUACAAAUUAAAUUACA